UGUAGAUUAGAGCCUCUCCUGUUCCUCUCCAUAUUAUUGACGGGGAGAGGAGCGGAGGUGAUUGAUCUGCAGCCAUGGAGCUGCAUUAGGAGAAAUAAAGUGCAGGCUCCUCUUCCCCUGAACAGAAGAAAAUAGUCAAUAAAGCUAUUCCUGAGCAGGAAUCUAUAUGAGCGAAGGCGGAUACGAGUGUGAAUCAUGCCGUGCACACUCCGAAUAAUCUGAAAGCGUCUGCCGUUAAAGAUGUCCGCAGAGCAGCAGCGGGUGGAGAUGGAGCGGCUGUCCCGGGAGCUGGCCGAGACCACGCAGGAGAAGAUCCAGGCGGCGGAAUACGGCCUGGCGGUGCUUGAGGAGAAACAGCAGCUCAAGCAGCAGUACGACGAGCUGGAGGCGGAAUAUGAGAGCGUCCGCCAAGAGCUGGAGCUGCUGCGAGAGGCAUUUGGACAGGCUCACUCCAACCAUAGGAAGGUUGCGGCGGAUGGUGAGAGCCGCGAGGAAUCGCUCAUACAGGAGUCGGCGUGUAAGGAGGCCUAUUACGAGCUGCGCAUGCAAGAGCUGCAGGCAGAACUGCGGCAGGCACGCAACAUCUUGACCAACACCGAAUCUGAGAAUGAGCGCCUGGCCACCAUCACUCAGGAACUGAGAGAGAACAAUCAGAUGGUGGAACUGCAGAGGUCACGUCUGCGUGAUGACAUCAAAGAGUUCAAGAUCCGGGAGUCUCGUCUGCUGCAGGACUACAGUGAACUGGAGGAGGAGAACAUCACCCUGCAGAAACAUGUGUCCACCCUGAAACAGAGCCAGGUGGAGUUUGAAGGUCUGAAGCAUGAAAUUCGUCGUCUGGAGGAAGACACUCAGUUUCUGAACAGUCAGUUGGAAGACGCCAUCCGCCUGAAGGAGAUCGCUGAGAGACAGCUCGGAGAAGCACUGGAGACCAUCAAGACUGAGAGAGAGCAGAAGGCCGCUUUGAGAAAGGAGUUGUCUCAGUAUAUGAGUAUAGGGGACUCGAUGUACCACAGUCCUUUGAGUAUCUCCCUCGAUGGACUAAAGUUCAGCGACGACACAUCAGUCGAGCCCAACAAUGACGAACCCAUCCACGGCUACGAGAACACUUUUAACAAGAUCACCAAUGGCGAUGACAACCGCAUUUCCAUGCCCAAAAAAGGAGAGCUGUUCCACCCCUCCUCCAGCCUUGUGGACAAUCUAUUGAGUGAACUCAACAUCUCUGAGAUACAGAAACUAAAACAACAACUGCUGCAGGUUGAGCGAGAGAAGGUGAAUCUACUGUCUACACUGCAGGAUUCUCAGAAGCAGCUCGAGCAGGCUCAUGGAGCGCUAUCUGAGGAACACGAGAAGGUCAGCCGUCUCACUGAGAACCUCAAUGCCAUUCGCAAGCUCCAGGCCAGCAAAGAGCGCCAGUCUGCUCUGGACAACGAGAAAGAGCGUGACAGCCACGAGGACAGUGACUACUAUGAGGUGGACAUCAAUGGCCCUGAGAUCCUGGAGUGCAAGUACAAGGUUGCUGUGUCCGAGGCAAGUCAACUUAAGGAGGAGCUCAAAACAAUAAAGGCGGAGCAUUCAGCCUGUCAAUCACAGUAUAAAGAAGAGCGGGUGCAGCUGGUGAGCCAGGUUGCAUCUCUGAACGCUCAGGUCACUUCUCUGGAGCACAGUAGCCGAGCGGACCACGAGCAACUGGCUCGACUCGAGAAAGAGCUUCGUCAAGCCAGUGAAGUGGCAGGCGAAUCCCAGGGCAACCUUAAUGUAGCGCAAGAUGAGCUGGCCACCUUUAGCGAAGAGCUCGCCAACCUGUAUCACCACGUCUGCAUGUGCAACAAUGAAACUCCCAACCGCAUCAUGCUCGACUUCUACCGUGAAGGUAAAGCCGGAGUUAAUGGCACCCAAACUACAGGUUGGGCCAGCCCUGAAGGUCGAGGUCGCCGCUCUCCUAUCCUGCUAACACGUGGUUUGUUUCCCGCUGCCGAUGCUAGUGAUGGAGCUUCUUCCCCGAUCUUCUCCAUUCCGUCCCCAGUGGCCGAUCCUCGCAAGGAGCCCAUGAACAUCUAUAACCUGGUGGCCAUCAUCCGGGACCAAAUCAGGCACUUGCAGUUGGCCGUGGACCGCACGACAGAGCUUUCUCGCCAACGCAUGGCUUCUCUGGAAUUGGGUCUUGGGUCAGAUCGAGAACAAGAGGCCAGCAUGGAGGAGAUUCUUAAGCUCAAAUCCCUCCUCAGCACCAAGAGGGAACAGAUAGCCACACUGAGAACCGUCCUGAAGGCAAACAAACAGACUGCUGAAGUGGCGCUGGCAAACCUGAAGAGCAAGUAUGAGAAUGAGAAGGCCAUGGUGACUGAAACCAUGAUGAAGCUUCGCAACGAACUCAAAGCUCUGAAAGAGGAUGCUGCCACCUUCUCCUCACUCAGAGCCAUGUUUGCCACUCGCUGUGACGAGUAUGUCACUCAGUUGGAUGAGAUGCAGCGUCAGCUGGCAGCUGCAGAGGACGAGAAGAAGACGCUGAACUCUCUCCUCCGUAUGGCCAUUCAGCAGAAGCUGGCACUCACGCAGCGCCUGGAAGACCUCGAGUUCGACCACGAAGAGACUCGCCGGAGCGGAGCCAAUGGCCGCGCCAAGAUCACCUCCUCACGUGGGAGAUCCGCCCACAACUCCACAUACUCCCGUGUAAGUCAUGCCCCCACCGCCAUCUGCGGGGGUCACGGUGAGCCCAAUGUCCACGCGGGAACACCGAUGGUCUUUUGCAGUGAAAAGUACAAGAUCUACUGCGACUAAAGCCAUUGCUUCAGUUGAUAGCUGACUGUACAAAGCUCCACUCAUGCUCUUUGCUUGCUGUGUGCUAACCCGUAUGAUGUGUCCAUGUGUUUAGGGCGGAAUACGGCCACGCCUGCCAGCGUUCUAGUAUCCAGCAGAAUGAAGUUGAUGUUGUAGAGCUCGCUAAGGGCAGUAUGAUAGCAUUUAGUCGUAUAGGUUCACGGGAAGGGCUGCUUGUCGUCUUCCGGUAUUAUGGUGCUUAAAGCAGCUUCGCACAUGGGUGUGUGUGUGUACGUGUUCUUAGAUUUGACCGAUAUAUGUGCUAGAUAGAGAGCGUGUUGAAUUGUGGUUGUCACAAUCUGGCUGAUAGCUUUGCACUCUUUCUUUAAAAAGUCCUUUUUCCUCUGACCUUCAUCCCAGUGGAGACAAACUGCUUAAGCCAGCCAAAGGUGGUCUUAGUAUAGUAGCUAAGACCAGCAAACCACCUUAGGCUAGUUUAAGCUGUUUUUUCAAGCGGGGAUCUCUCUCUUGCCUCUGAAACGGGCAGCCCGUCCAAUCAGGUAACAUGUGUUUACAUGGCAGAUGAAACUAAAUAUGCAAACUUUCUCCCUGCCUUGUUGACGUGCAGGAAAACCCAUUGAAUUGUGCCAUUUUAUUUAGCUAGAAUAAAAAAUAAAAAAACGAAUUUGACGGGUUUGGCUCACGAGUGAGCGUUUGGAGGGAUAUCACUCUUGAGGAGGCAGGCGGGAACGCACAGGGUCCGUCAUAAGCAUGCGCCGGAAAGAGCAUCGGUUUCUGGCCUGUUUUUUAGUUUGCAAUUGCUAGUAGAUGUGUGGCUGCAAAACUAUUUCUGAGAGCUUUAACAUGUUCUAGACUUGAUUUCAUGUACUUGAGCACACUUGACAUAGGGCUUAAUGUGGUGAAGUCAUGGUGAAGGGCUUUACAUGGUGAUAAUUCAAUGUUCUCUUCAAUUUAUGUGUAAAACAAACAGAGGAGGAGCCUUCUGUGUCGCAACACUCCUUUCAAAACAACACAAAUCAUAACUUGUCUUUUUUGGAUUUAGUAGAUAACAUACUGUAUGAUAAGAAAUCACCCUCAACUCCAUAUUGAAAACAUGUUGAGUCAUGUUCAAAAGACAGUAAGGUAUAUUCCCAUAUAGUCUAGUGGUUAGGAUUCCUGCUUUUUACUCUGGCGGCCCAGUUUGACUCCCGGUAUGGGACAUGAGUCUAGUGUCUUUCCUAAUACAUUAAUCACCAAUCAAAUUGAUCACCCAUUAAUACUUUUCAAUCACCAAUCAUAUUCAAUUACUGACAAUUUCAUGAAAUGGAAUGAGAUAAGUUACGUUUGUCAGGGAUUGGUGAGAAUAUUCCGGUUCAAUACAAGUCGAUCGACAGAAUUUGUGGCAUAAUGUUGAUGACCACAAAAAAUUAUUUCGACACGUCAAUCCUUUUCUUAAAAAAAACAAUGGAACAAUGUACAAUGGAAGUGAAUUGGGCCAAUUUUUGGAGGGUUUAAGGCAGAAAUAUUAAAGCUUAUUAGAGGUAGACCAAUAUAUCGAUAUUACCGAUAAAGUUGCUUUUUGGAUCUGAACUAUCGGUUAUCGACAAAAAUCUAUGCCGAUAGUUGCUGAUCACCAUUUUGUAUUUUCAAAAUAAGAGUCCCUGGUGUGUUUUGAGCUUGUUUAUACUUAAAAGUACCACGUUAUGCACCGUAUUGUGGAUUGUAUUCAUUUUGGAGUAUUUGUCUUUGCCUGCCAUAGUAAGAAAAGAAUGAGAUAAUUUUUGAAAACUAUUGGCCAAUGAAUCGGUUUUCGGCAAUUCCCACUACUGGCUGACCUCUACUUAUAAUUCUAUAAAAGGACUUGCAUUAAUUAUUCUGUUAUAACUUGUGUAUUAUUUGAGCUGUAAAGUUGCUUAAAACAUAGGUUUCACAAUUGUUUAAAGGUUUACAUGUCGUCAUAGUAACAAAGUUGUAAAAUUGGCUAUAACUUCAUUCAGAAAAGGCUAGUUAGGAUUUUAUCACACUAAGAUCAUGUUAUAAACGCAGUGACUUUACUUUUGAAACAGUUUACAGAUUGGCCGCAUUGACUUCCAUUGCAAGUGCCUCACUGUAACCUUGAUUUUUACUUCUUUUUUUUAAGGAAAGGAGGGAAGAGUUGAAAUACAUUUUUGAGAUAAUCAACAUUAUGCCACAAAUGCUGUUGAUUGAACUAAACUUGUAUUGAACCCGGAACAUUCCUUUAACUAGGUCUGGUGGUUUGGUAUCGAUAUUGGAUAUGGUGGUUUAAUUCAACAAUAAGCUUUGUAUAUUUGUAUUUUUGUUUUUUGUUUAUGCCCAGAAGAUAUUGAUUAGUUGUUUCUUGCCUUGUCAUUGAAUGUAGAAUUUUGCCGAUUUUGGUUUUAGAAAGUAUUACUAAUUAACAUCUGGUAAAUGUCUGUUGUCAGUACACCACCUUGGAGGAGUAGAUCAAUUCAUGUUUCACUGUUUACAACCUUUACUAUUUAACAAGCAUUUUAAAGUCCAACCAGGCAAACUGUUUAUUUGUUUUGUUUUUUUUGGGCUGAGGACAUUUAGUGCUUUUGAGAUCCUGGCUUCCUACAUUAACGUCAUCUACAUUAAUCUUCCACACUAACAAACAUUGGCUCUUUGGGUUUGGUGACUAACCCUGUUUUUUACUUUUAUUUGAUUUCUUCCUAAAUUAGUUGCAUUGAUCCCUGCUUCACUGCAGCUUUUGUUCAGAUGGAAGGCUUUCUGAAUUUAACAUUAAUGCUAACUGCUAUUAUUUCUGUGUUCUCCAAUUCAACCUUCCACCAGUGCCGACAAAUUCAGUGUUCACAAACGGUUAACGUUGAACUCCCCUGGACUAACAAAACACACUGGAUGACCAUUUACUUGGUUCUUUUUUCAUUCUUGAAAAUUAUAAACCUUUCUAGUCAUUAUACAAAUGAGCUCCAGCAGGGUAUUUUAAGUUCAUUUUGACUUUUAAGGAAAAGUUUUGAUUUAUUUUGUCGGAAGCCUGCGUUCACAAAGUCUUGAAAACGUCAACUCCAAAUUUGAUUAAAAUAUAUAAAUACUAUAUAUAUAGUUUUUUUUAAUCAAACGAAAAGUGUCUAGAUUUCCUCAACCUUCAUCGGUUUGUCUAGGAUUUUGUAACCAUUAAUAUAGGGUUAUAUUGCUUUUAUGUUAACUUUUAUUUUAUUACGUUUUACUAGUUUGGUGUUUUGGUUUACGAGUCGGUAUUUUACACAGUAUAUUUGAAGAGUAUUGGGUUUAUUCGUGUUAAUAUCACAUCACAAUCUGUGUUAUGUAUCCUAUUACUCCUCUGUGUUCUUCAUAAUUUGUUUUGUUUUUCACAUUUGCCAUAUUUUAAACAAAAUUCCAGGCGGUCAUAUGCUGGGAUUUUGUCGAUAUAUUUAUUCCUAGGAAUAGUUCAAAGUGAACAUUUUCAAACUUAAUGACAUUGUGGCUUAAUUUGAUAAAGGAGGCUUUGGAAAAACCAGCAAAACGAUUGAAUUUCAGUUAAAAUUGCAUGGAUUUUUCUUUCUUUUUCAUUUCAAGCAUUUUCACAUGAGCUUCACAGGGAUCACUGACCUUCAGCAUUUUGUACAAGAAUAAAUGAAUUAAUUCCAAAUUGGAAUGCUGUAAUUCUCUCUCUAUCUAUUGUGCCAAGUGUCGGCGCACCGUCUGGGUUUUUGAAAAGGAUCGGAAGCGAUAUACACAAGAAGAGGGUGUGGCCUGGGACCUCUACCUGUUGUUGAUGCUUUUCAUUCUGACCAUUAGUGCCUUUUAUUAUUUCAAGAGAGAAUACUAGACUAGCUUUUAGGUUUUUGUAGUUUUCUUUUCCCACUCCUUCCAAAAGAUCAACGGAUGAGUAUGUCUUGUUUCAGACUGAACAGCAGCAAUAAGUGCAGAAGACAUUCAUUCUGUUUCGCGAGAGUGUGAAGAUGAUAUUUACCGUUAGUGAAAUUAAACCGAGAUUGUACUGAAUUCUUCAGGUCAGUGAUCCUAAUAGCAAAUUCAGGGGUUUUAGCAAAAGUUAUUUUGUCAAAUGGUUUGAAGCCAGAUUUAUCCUUGUUUGCCUCAUUAUGAACUGAACUUCUGAGACACGAAACGCAUGUUGUGUUUUGCUGUUGGAGACUGGUGUUAUUUAGCUUUGUAUGGUGAGAUAGCUGAAGAUCAUGUGGUAUUGAUAGUAUUGGUGACAGUUGUGAGAAAGCGUGCGUCUUCUUUCUGUCCAAUAGUUUUUUUUUUUUAUAUAUAUAUAUAUAUAUA